AUGAACGUCUACAGCUCAGUUGCCCGCAUCGGUAUCCGCAGCACCAUCGCCGCAAAGCCUCAGCGCUCCGUCAAACCUUUCAUACGUACAAUGGCCGCGACACCAAAUGGCGACCUUAACAACACUUCAGCCGAACGUGUUCGAGCUGAAACUGCGAUUGAUCCUGCGUACCAAGAUCUCUCACUUGCGAUACCUCCCUCAGAAGACGAUUUCGAUAUUCGAAAAGCUUAUCGGCCAUUCAUACUAGAAGGAGAGGAUGCAACACAGGACUGGAUCGCUCAGCUGGAGCUCAGUACUGUGCUAAAAAUGGUAGAUACACAAGUGCUCAAACCGGGGGAUGAUAGGCUCAGGGUAGUUGUCUUACAUGGGAGCAUGCGACAGAGAUCCUACUCGCGCCUGCUAGCGUACGAGGCUAGCCGCAUCCUCUUCCGACUCGGCUGCGACGUGCGCAUGUAUGAUCCUACUGGUCUUCCCGUCAAAGAUGACGUUCAACAUACACACCCUAAAGUGCAAGAGUUGCGCGAGCUGAGCAAAUGGAGUGAUGGACACAUAUGGAUAUGCCCCGAGCAGCAUGGAACCUUGACAGCCGUCUUCAAGAACCAGAUCGACUGGAUACCCCUCUCAACCGGCUCUGUUCGCCCAACUCAAGGCCGAACCCUCGCAAUCGCACAGGUAAAUGGCGGAUCGCAAUCGUUCAACACAGUCAACUCUUUACGAAUACUCGGACGAUGGAUGCGUAUGUUCGUUAUUCCAAACCAAAGUUCUAUACCCAUGGCAUAUAAGCAGUUCACUGAGGAGGACGCUGGAAGUAGGCUCAUGCCUAGUGGCAAUAGGGAUCGACUUGUCGACUGUAUGGAGGAGUUUGUCAAAUACACCAUCAUCAUGCGUCCGCAUUUUGAUCUUUUCGGCGAUCGGUAUAGUGAGAGGGAAGAGAAGCGGGCGAAACAAGCAAAAGAAGCGAACAAACCGGCCCCGGACACCCAGCAUGCAGCAUUAUCAACUAGUGCGGGUCCUUCGAAUUGA